CCAUGGUAACCGCCUUAGCGACCAGCCCAGCAACCGGCCGGCGCUGGGCAGCAGCGGCCGCGGAGCCCUGAGCGGCGGCGACAUGUUCAAGAACACCUUCCAGAGCGGCUUCCUCUCCAUCCUGUACAGCAUCGGCAGCAAACCGCUCCAGAUCUGGGACAAGAAGGUGAGAAAUGGACACAUAAAGAGGAUCACAGAUAAUGACAUCCAGUCUCUGGUGCUGGAGGUGGAGGGCACCAAUGUCAGCACCACCUACAUCACGUGCCCGGCAGAUCCCAAGAAAACCCUCGGGAUCAAGUUGCCGUUCCUCGUCAUGAUCAUCAAGAACUUGAAGAAAUAUUUCACCUUCGAGGUUCAGGUGUUGGACGAUAAGAAUGUGCGUCGACGUUUCCGAGCAAGUAACUACCAGAGCACGACGCGAGUCAAGCCUUUUAUCUGCACAAUGCCCAUGCGGCUUGACGACGGCUGGAACCAAAUCCAGUUCAACCUGUCGGACUUCACCCGACGGGCGUACGGCACCAACUACAUCGAGACACUGAGGGUCCAGAUACACGCCAAUUGCCGGAUUCGGAGAGUUUACUUUUCGGACAGACUGUACUCGGAGGACGAGCUGCCCGCGGAGUUCAAGCUGUACUUACCCGUCCAGAACAAGUCUAAGUAGUGAACAGCCCCUGUGGGAUGACAGCUAGGACCUGCGAGCAACACUCUCUCACUCACCAGCGAAGGCUGAAGGAAACAGAAGAUGUAAAAGAAACUAAAAAUCAAUAGAUCUUUGUAUAUUUUCAUUGACUAUCGACCUGUGAUUUUGUUGCUGUCCACGGGUGUCUCUCUUCACUGUUGUAUCUUGUAUGCUAUUUGAAAUAAAAUGUUCUCACUUGA